AUGAAACAGGAUGCGUUGACAUCGGAUGUGUUAGAGGUUCCCCAGGGGUCUGGAUCAGGCUUUAUUUGGGAUACAGAAGGUCACAUAGUCAUCAAUUAUCUGAUUUGUGGUGCUUCUGAUCUCAGGGUCACUCUUGCUAACCGAUCUACUUACGAGGCCAAAGUUGUUGGGUAUGACCAAGACAAAGAUGCGCUGUUUUGCGCAUUGAAGUACCUAAAGAGACCUCUUAGGUUUCCAAAGUAUUGUGGUGCAAUUGUUGGACUCGAAAUUCGUGAAAAUGGGCUCAGAAGGGAAAUCAGCUCUGCUGCAACAGGACGUCCGAUUCAGGAUGUUAUACAGACUGACGUUGCUAUAAAUCCUGGUAACAGUAGAGGUCCAAUUCUAGAUAGUUCUGGCAAUCUCAUCGGGAUAAGUACUGCUCUAUACUCUCCUUCUGGUGCAUCUUCUGGUGUUGGUUUCAAUCCCUGUUGA